GUUCCGCGUUCGCCUUUCCCCGCCUCCGCCUGCUGCAGCCACCUAGUCUCGCCAACGAUCAUCCAGGCGAGGCGCUGGUUCAUCUCAAAUCUCAAACACGCCUAAUAAACGAUGAGAAACGGGAUGAAACGGCAAACAACCAGAGGGAAGGAGGAAAAACCCGCGCUCUAAACUAGGUUACGUUACUGCUGAGCCGUCGCGUGCGCACAGGAACAGUCUCGCGCUUAGGACUUAAUUGUUGUUGUUUUCAACUAUUCCAGACCAAACUCAUGUAGUUCAGCCUGGAACAACAGGAAGGUCGUCGAUCGGGACCUGCAGACCUUUGGACCUCAGGCUGAUGUAGACAACCGAACAUUAGCAUACGACUUUUUAUUUACUCGAGAAAAGUUCGUUUUUUUCAUGAGCCAUUUCCCUUUGCAGUCCAACGGUUACAUUAGUCGUAAACAGGAUUUCCGCGCGAUUUUUGUUUAAACUCCUGGUUGGAUUGACAGAGAACCACCCGGUAAAGGACGGAGGAUGGGCAACAGCAGCAGCGACAGGUCCAGCGGGGAACGGUUAUACCGAGAUGGACAGCCCGGAGGGAAGGAGACGCGACCCAACAUCAUGAUGGAUAGCAGCGAGGAUGCAGACCUCUUCCAGAGGGAAGAUGCCAAGGCCCCACAGGAGAUGCAGGAGUUCCUGGCGUGGCAGGAGGACUUGGACUGUGACAGCAAAAGUCCAACGCAUGCCAGACCGACUGUGUUCAGAUGGGCCGGGGCAGCCAAGGAAGUCUUUGUUUCUGGAUCUUUCAACAAUUGGGCCACCAAGAUCCCCCUGAAUAGAAGCCAGAAAAACUUUGUGGCGAUCGUUGACCUGCCGGAGGGAGAUCACCAGUACAAGUUCUGCGUGGAUGGUCAGUGGACUUUGGAUCCGGCUGGGGCUGUGGCUACAUCUAAAACUGGAUCAGUGAACAAUGUCAUACAGGUGAAGAGAACUGACUUUGAGGUCUUCGAUGCCCUCAGGAUAGACUCUGAGGAUUCAGCCGACAUGUCUGACCUAUCAAGCUCCCCACCAGGCCCCUACCAACAAAACGCAUAUGUGAUGAAGCCAGAGGACAAACUCAAACAGCCCCCCAUCCUGCCCCCUCACCUGCUCCAGGUGCUGCUCAACAAGGACACGGGGAUCUCUUGUGAUCCAACGCUGCUUCCAGAACCCAACCACGUCAUGCUCAACCACCUGUACGCCCUUUCUAUCAAGGAUGGCGUGAUGGUUCUCAGCGCAACUCACCGAUACAAGAAGAAGUAUGUGACCACUCUCCUUUACAAGCCAAUAUAGACUUCAGUGGCACCACUCAGCCUUUUAUUUUGAAAAGGGUUGAAAUGAACAGCUGUUGAUUUUCUUUUAUUGAAACUGGACUAACUUGUAUGCCUGAUUUUAGACACUUGCAAGACUGUUUUUCAUACAAACUAUUUUAAGUCAUACUUGUCAAUAAAUAAUUCUUAAUCACAAAAA